GGGGCAGCGGCGGCGGCGGCGGCGAGCAGCGGCUGUCGCUGCCCCGCACUGUGCGGGCCCAGCGGGCGGCGUUGACUGGCGCGAUGAGCUGAGCGUCGGGGGCCGGGCAUAGGACUCGUGCGGGGAGCCGAGCGCAUGGAGCCGGCGGGCUCUCGGUGGAGCCUGAGGGCGCCUCCACGGCCGCUACUGCUGCUGCUGAUCCUGCAGGUGGCGGGGCCCGCGGGCACCUUCGCCGAGACCCUGCUGGGCGCGCCCAGGGCCAUGGGCACCAGCUCCAGCCCGCCCAGCCCCGCGAGCGUGGUGGCUCCUGGCACGACGCCGUUUGAGGAGAGCCGGUUGCCAGUGUUCACCCUGGAUUACCCCCAUGUGCAGAUCCCCUUCGAGAUUACCCUGUGGAUCCUGCUGGCCUCCCUGGCCAAGAUCGGCUUCCAUCUCUAUCACAAGUUGCCCACGAUAGUGCCUGAGAGCUGCCUUCUCAUAAUGGUCGGACUGCUGUUAGGGGGGAUUAUUUUUGGAGUCGAUGAGAAGUCGCCCCCUGCGAUGAAGACGGACGUGUUUUUUUUAUAUCUCCUUCCACCCAUUGUGCUUGACGCAGGCUAUUUCAUGCCCACUCGCCCAUUUUUUGAGAACUUUGGCACCAUAUUUUGGUAUGCUGUGGUCGGGACACUUUGGAAUUCCAUUGGCAUUGGGGUGUCCUUGUUUGGUAUCUGCCAGAUUGAAGCUUUUGGCCUGAGUGACAUCACUCUGCUCCAGAACCUACUCUUCGGCAGCUUAAUCUCAGCUGUGGACCCUGUGGCUGUGCUUGCCGUCUUUGAGAACAUUCACGUCAAUGAGCAACUCUACAUUCUGGUUUUUGGAGAAUCUCUGCUGAAUGAUGCAGUGACAGUGGUCCUGUAUAACUUGUUCAAGUCUUUCUGCCAGAUGAAAACCAUUGAGACCAUUGAUGUGUUUGCUGGGAUUGCCAACUUCUUUGUUGUGGGGAUUGGCGGCGUGUUGAUUGGCAUCUUCCUGGGAUUUAUAGCGGCCUUUACUACUCGGUUCACACAUAACAUCCGAGUGAUUGAGCCCCUGUUUGUCUUCCUGUACAGUUAUUUGUCCUAUAUCACAGCUGAAAUGUUUCACCUCUCAGGUAUCAUGGCAAUCACUGCUUGUGCGAUGACUAUGAAUAAGUAUGUGGAAGAAAACGUAUCUCAAAAAUCCUACACAACCAUCAAGUAUUUCAUGAAGAUGCUGAGCAGUGUCAGCGAGACCCUGAUCUUCAUCUUCAUGGGCGUGUCCACCGUUGGGAAGAACCACGAGUGGAACUGGGCCUUCGUCUGCUUCACACUGGCCUUCUGCCUGAUCUGGCGAGCACUCGGUGUCUUUGUCUUGACUCAGGCCAUUAACUGGUUCCGGACGAUCCCCCUCACCUUUAAGGAUCAGUUCAUCAUCGCCUACGGAGGCCUCCGAGGUGCCAUCUGCUUUGCGCUGGUGUUUCUCCUUCCUGCUGCUGUGUUUCCCCGGAAGAAGCUCUUCAUUACAGCUGCAAUUGUCGUCAUCUUCUUUACUGUCUUCAUUCUGGGAAUAACCAUUCGGCCACUGGUAGAGUUUCUUGAUGUUAAGAGGGCCAAUAAGAAACAGCAAGCUGUCAGUGAAGAAAUCCACUGUCGGUUUUUUGAUCAUGUGAAGACUGGGAUCGAAGAUGUUUGUGGACACUGGGGUCACAACUUUUGGAGAGACAAGUUUAAGAAGUUUGAUGACAAAUAUUUGCGGAAGCUUUUGAUUCGGGAAAACCAACCUAAGUCAAGCAUCGUUUCCUUAUAUAAAAAGCUUGAAAUAAAACAUGCCAUUGAGAUGGCAGAAACUGGAAUGAUAAGUACCGUCCCUUCUUUUGCAUCUCUGAAUGACUGUCGUGAAGAAAAAAUAAGAAAGCUCACACCUGGUGAAAUGGAUGAGAUUCGAGAAAUAUUAUCACGAAAUCUCUAUCAAAUCCGUCAGCGAACGCUGUCAUACAACAGACACAACCUGACGGCCGAUACGAAUGAGAGACAAGCCAAGGAGAUUCUGAUCCGCAGAAGGCACAGUCUGCGGGAGAGCGUUAGGAAAGACAACAGCUUGAAUCGGGAACGCAGGGCUUCCACUUCGACCUCCCGGUAUUUAUCUUUACCCAAAAAUACAAAGCUUCCAGAAAAGCUACAAAAGAAAAAGAAUAUUUCUAAUGCAGGUAAUGAAUACAAUUGGAGCAAAAAGACUUUAAACUUAUUUACUAAUUUUAUAGAAUAG